GCAGAGGCACACCGGGCAGGACUCCGGGCAGAGGCACACCCGGGCAGGACUCCGGGCAGAGGCACACCAGGCAGGACUCCGGGCAGAGGCACCAGGCGAAGCAGCAGGCAGCGGGCCCCCCAGGCGGGCGACAGGCGUCGGGCCCCCAGGCGGGGCGACAGGCGCCGGGCCCCCAGGAGGGGCGACAGGCAUCGGGCCCCCAGGCGGGGCAACAGGCAUCGGGCCCCCAGGUGGGACAACAGGCAUCGGGCCCCCAGGCGGAGUCUGGCGGGGCGCCGGACCCCCAGAUGGAGCGACAGGUCUCGGGCCCUCAAGCGGAGCGGCGGGGGCACCGGACCCCCAGGUGGAGCGACAGGUCUCGGGCCCUCAGGCGGAGCGGCGGGCGCCGGACCCCCAGGUGGGAGCGACAGGUCUCGGGCCCUCAGGCGGAGCGGGGGCGCCGGGCCCCCAGGCGGAGCGACAGGUCUCGGGCCCUCAGGCGGAGCGGCGGGCGCCGGACCC